AUGGUAUUAGUAUGCCUAGUAGUUGUUGAAGAUUCUGCCAUUAUUGAUUGGUUUUAUGACCCACAGCUGCUGGUGGACAUACCUGCAGUCAAUGGUCCCUCAUAUUGUUAUUGGCAGCUUACACUACCUGUUAUGGCAAAUUUAUAUUGUCUUGGGAGAACCCUAUUGUCAGACCAACCUGAUAGCAACACAAGCUAUCUUUUUGAUAAGAAAUCUUUUUUUAUUGUAAAAGUUUUUAAUUUGGUAAUUCCUGGAGGGCCGAAGUUUGAGCCAUUGUAUCAUGACAUGGAUGCUUUUGACAAAGAUUGGAACAAGUUCAAUGAUGUCAAUAAAGUCAUCAUUCAUCAACAAAUCUAUACCAAGUACAAGGUCACCUUCCCUCAUCUCUAUAACUCCCUCCCACACUCUGUUCACCUCUCUCCAUAUCAUGCACCCAAGAAUGUGUAUAUUCACACUGAUGAUCCCAGCCUACCUGCCUUCUAUUUCGACCCACUCAUUAAUCCUAUCUCCCUGCAUGGCACUACUCCUAAGAAUGCACUGCUUGUCUCUCAUGAAGACUUGAUUUUUGGUCUGAAUGGCACCGACAAUGACUUUGAGUUGCCUGAUGAUGUACAGCCAUUCCUUGAAGACAAGCCUCUUGAAAACAACCUCACUGCUGAUGGUAUUGCUUUAUGGUGGGACAUACCUUUAGUGAAGAACUGGUAUUUGGAGCACUGUCCUCCCAAUCAGCCAGUCAAAGUUCAUGUAUUGUUACAACUUAUCUCUGACUUGUCUUAUCUCUGGUUCACAUUGUAUUACACCAUGAUCGCUAUCACCAUCACUAGGUGA